AUGGAGCUCCAGGUGCCUGGCGAAGACCCCAAGCCCUUGAAGGAGCCCGAUCGCGAGCUCAUGGCUUUGGUGGAUGGCAUGCUCGGCCAGGUCUCCUGUAUGGGCAAGCCAAGUACCUGCGUUUUCCGCUGUUUCUACGACUCGGAGAACGACAUCUGCGGCCCCUCGCACUUCUGUGAGAAGGUGGGCUCCAGCCCCGCAGACAACCUAGCACCUUUCGGUGCCGAGCAGAAGUGCAAGGCGCUGGGUGCGGCAGAUCACGAGGCGGCAGAUGCGGAGAUUGCCAAAAAGCUGGAGGACAUCAAGGGAUCGGUGUUGGACCUUACAGAGAAGAUGGAACAGAGCCCGGCGAUUUCGGAGAAGGGGUCGAGCCGAUCUUCUUUGAAGGCCUCUGCUGCGAUGUUUCAAGAAGUCGCCCAGAUGCUCGAUGUGAUGGAGGCAUUUCCGAUGCGCCUCGCCCCCGAGAGCGGCGACUUCCGCAAAGCCGCGGCCAGGGCGGCGCUCACGGACAUGAAGCACUGGCGUGGCCGCCCGGACCGGUUGACCAUUCCGCAGUACCAGAAGGCAGGCCAGGCCAGCAUCGCUGAAGUGCGCAGCUCGACGGACUUCUCCGUGCCGGCGAAGCUGCACAAUACCCUGGUGGACUACGUCAAGAAGCGCCCCAACAUGCUGAUCACGUUCCUGAAGCAAGAGACCAACGACAAGUGUACCCUCAGUGACGAGACGGACGAGAAACGAAACCAAUUGGGCACAUUUGUGAACUACUUUUUGAGCGUCCCCGGCUACGACCCUAGCGACUUGAAGGAUGUGGCACAUGGAAUCCCAACACCCUGCCGAGACUUUCUCGUCAAGGAAGUGAGGGCGGAUGUCCAGAGUCUGGUUCAGGCUGCUGAAGAGGGGCGGCAGAUCUUGUCCAACUCGACGGCCGAAGGCGAUGUUGCAGACGGCCUGGUUCAGGUGAAGUCGGACCGUUUGGUUCGUGCCCUAG